UUUGUAUUGGGGAUUGGAGACUUAACAAAAUUAUAAAGACAUUAAACAAGGGAGCAUCACAAAUGAAAACAAGGCAGCUAUACGAUCUCCAUGCAUUUUAACAUGUUGAGCAUGCUCCACGUAAGUAAGCUUUCCGAAACUCAGCUGGAAGGCAUUGGAAGGAUAAAAAUAGACUAAAUAUUCAAAAUUUCCAUCCAAGGAGUUUCCUGCUUUUGCCUACAUCUCAAUUGUCUGUCUGGGUCCUGGCUCUUGCUCUACUUGGGGCUGCGCUAAGACAGUGGAAGCAUUUACACCAUAAAUAUUCAAGCUGCCACAUCGUUGAGGCGUUGGCCUCCGCCUGCCCUAAAACAGCCCCUUUCCUGUUCUUCCAUCGGAGUGGAAAAAUCAAGGGAGGGAGGGAGGCUGUACAGGAUGAUAAACAUGUGAGAUUUAGGAAGGGUUCAUAGGUUCCUUUUCGAGGAAUGCCAGGCUUACAGAAUCCAUGGGUUCUCUGCUGGAUGGCACAACAGAUUACCCUUGGUCAGCCGCGUUCAUUUGGGAGACUCACACUGUGGAAUCCCACCUUUUUUGGUUUAUAGAGAUAGAUGGAGUCUGACAGGGUUUUGCCUGCUUUCUAUCAUUUAUUUCCUAAGCCGUCCAACUCCUUAGUAUAAAUAGAUGGAGGUGAGUUUCUGGAAACCAUGUGACUUCCGUUCUUUAUAGUUGGAUGGCAGAUUUCCUGCUGCCCAGCACUUCUGAAUGGAAGUCCAAGUAAUUCCUUCAUUCGUUUAUUCACCUACUAUGUGGGGCCUCACACAGCAAUGGAGGAAGAUGUGGUAUUUGCCCUUAUACACACUGGGGGAGAUCAACCACAAGCAAAUUCUCACGCAAAUAAUAAAUCGCAGUUAUGAGCAAUGCUGUGAAGAAGGAAUAAAGGACGUUACUGGAGUGUUGAACAGGAAAACCUGGUCUCGCCUGGAAGGGUCAAGAAAGCCUUCCUGGAGUAAUGGAUUACUUUUGAGAUGGCAAGGAUAAGAUGAACAGAACUGCUAAAAGAAAGAAGCCAAGUGCAGAGUUUUAGAGUUGAAAGGAACCGAAGAUACCAUCUAGUGAUGUCCAGUCUUUACAGUCCCCGAAUGAGAAAAGGCUCGGGAGGUAAAGGGAUUUGCCUAACGAAACCUGUGCAGCCUGUUAGCCCCAGAGCUAGACACACAAACCCUGCGUGGAUUUCUUCGGUGGGUGGGUGGGUGUAACAAGAUGUAUAUAGCAAGGAGAAGGGACUUGGGGAUUGGGGAAAGCAGGUAGGUGUUUAAUUUCGUGCUUACUGCUGUCAGCUGCAGAGCCGUUUCCUCAGGUGGGAGAGGGGAUUAAAGAAGGCUGGAAUCUGCCAGAUCCUGGAGGAAGUCAGCUUGGUAGCCGCAGCAUAGUUUUUAGGGGGGGGGGGGGAGUGUCAGAUACACAUGCACCAAAAACGAUAAAUGUGGGAAAUUUAUCUGUUCUGCUUCUGUCUAGCUGUGUGAUUUGAGAUAAGUCACUUAACUUCUCUGAAUUGCCAGUCUCCGUUUCUACUUUGGUGUUUCCUUUUGGUCUUCUGUGCAUUUUAGGAGCUUGCCGGAGAUCAGUUGUGCCCUAUAUUUCACCUUAAUCUUUAAAAACUAGUCUCUUGUUUGGCUGAAGCAUUGUUUAAGCCCCCUUUUAAAGAGCAGUUUGCCAGCCCAUGCUUGCCCAAACAGCCAAAGAACUGUAGCAAGCAAGUCAACCUCCAGGAUCUGCAAGAAUCGCUCGCAACUGAGCAUAUUUCUAUAAACCAAUAAAGGUUUUUCUGUUUUGUUCAUCUGUUACCCUUAUGCUGUUGCCACUUUCACAUUCAGUGCGUGUAGGCGGAGAGCAGGAGAUAACAGCAUUUCACAAAUGAAAGUGAGUGGAAAAGGGCUGCUUUCCCUUUAAGGCAGUUCUAUUCCCCAGCUCCCUCCCCUUUCCUGAUUGACAGACCUACCCGAAGUCACAUGAUCCGCCUCUAUUUGAAGGUCACAAAAAGCUGCUUCCUUUAGAGACAGAGGGGGAGAGAGAGAGCAAGAGGGAGAGUGAGUGAGAGAGUUAGUUCAAGCCAAAAUGGCCGACAGAGUCUCUGCUGGUUUCUGAAUAUUUAAAAUACAAAAAAACAGAUAGACAAAAAGAAAUCAUUUUUUGGACCUUUUUUCAUUUCCAUUUCUACCUUGUAUGCCUCAAUUUGCUGGAUUUAAGCACUGCUGCACUUUAUGAGAGAGAAGGAGCAAGAAAGGGAAGAACAGUUAAUGGAAGACAAGAAAAGGAAGAAAGAGGAUAAAAAGAAAAAAGAAGCCACUCAGAAGGUCACGGAACAAAAAACCAAAGUGCCCGAAGUGACGAAACCAAGUUUAAGCCAACCAACGGCCGCCAGCCCAAUUGGCAGCUCUCCAUCGCCACCAGUCAAUGGUGGCAACAAUGCCAAAAGGGUGGCAGUGCCGAACGGACAACCGCCAAGCGCCGCCCGCUACAUGCCUCGGGAGGUGCCGCCGCGAUUCCGUUGCCAGCAGGACCACAAAGUGUUACUAAAACGUGGGCAGCCCCCUCCACCAUCCUGCAUGCUCCUCGGGGGCGGGGCAGGGCCUCCUCCCCCCACGGCACCCGGAGCAAACUCCAACAACGCACAAGUGACAGGAACGCUGCUGCAGAGUGACGGUGGGACUGCACCAGAGUCAACCCUUGGAGGUGCUGCUGCUUCAAAUUAUGCAAAUUCCACUUGGGGCCCGGGAGCCUCCUCCAACAACGGCGCCUCCCCCAACCCAAUUCACAUCUGGGACAAGGUGAUUGUAGACGGGUCUGACAUGGAAGAGUGGCCUUGUAUCGCCAGCAAAGACACUGAGUCUUCUUCCGAAAACACCACCGAUAACAACAGUGCCUCGAACCCUGGCUCUGAGAAGAGCACUCUGCCAGGAAGCACCACUAGUAACAAAGGAAAAGGGAGCCAGUGCCAGUCUGCAGGUUCUGGGAACGAAUGUAAUCUUGGGGUCUGGAAAUCUGACCCUAAGACUAAAUCUGUUCAAUCUUCCAACUCUACUACAGAGAGCAACAAUGGACUAGGAAAUUGGAGGAAUGUGAGUGGUCAGGAUAGAAUUGGACCUGGCUCUGGCUUCAGCAACUUUAACCCAAAUAGCAACCCAUCUGCCUGGCCAGCGCUGGUCCAAGAAGGAAAUCCUAGGAAAGGGGCAUUGGAAACGGAUACUAGUAAUUCCAGUGCACAGGUUAGCACAGUAGGUCAGGCAUCCAGGGAACAGCAGUCAAAGAUGGAAAAUGCGGGUGUUAAUUUUGUUGUCUCUGGCAGAGAACAGGCUCAAAUUCAUAACACUGAUGGACCAAAAAAUGGAAACACUAACUCCUUGAACUUAAGUUCACCAAACCCCAUGGAGAAUAAGGGAAUGCCCUUUGGAAUGGGCUUGGCGAACGCCUCCAGGAGCACUGAUGCCCCUUCACAAAGCACUGGAGAUCGAAAGACUGGGAGUGUUGGAUCUUGGGGUGCAGCUAGGGGGCCUUCUGGAACUGACACAGCCUCUGGACAAAGCAAUUCUGGAAACAAUGGGAACAAUGGAAAGGAUAGAGAGGACUCCUGGAAAGGAGCCUCUGUUCAGAAAUCAACUGGGUCAAAAAAUGACUCUUGGGACAACAAUAACAGGUCUACGGGUGGGUCCUGGAACUUUGGCCCUCAGGACUCUAAUGACAACAAAUGGGGUGAAGGGAACAAAAUGACAUCUGGGGUCUCUCAGGGAGAAUGGAAACAGCCGACUGGGUCUGAUGAGUUGAAAAUUGGAGAAUGGAGUGGUCCAAACCAACCAAAUUCUAGCACUGGAGCAUGGGACAAUCAAAAGGGCCACCCCCUCCCUGAAAACCAAGGCAAUGCCCAGGCUCCCUGUUGGGGAAGAUCUUCCAGCUCCACAGGAAGUGAAGUUGGAGGUCAAAGCACUGGAAGCAACCACAAAGCAGGAAGUAGUGACAGUCAUAAUUCUGGCCGUCGGUCAUACCGGCCCACACAUCCUGAUUGUCAGGCUGUCUUACAGACUCUUUUGAGCCGAACUGAUUUGGACCCCAGGGUGCUCUCAAACACUGGCUGGGGCCAAACUCAAAUUAAGCAGGACACGGUGUGGGAUAUCGAAGAGGUGCCAAGGCCUGAGGGGAAAUCUGACAAAGGAACUGAGGGGUGGGAGAGCGCUGCCACACAGACCAAGAACUCAGGGGGCUGGGGAGAUGCACCCAGCCAAAGCAAUCAAAUGAAGUCUGGAUGGGGGGAGCUCUCAGCCUCUACAGAGUGGAAAGACCCCAAGAACACAGGAGGCUGGAAUGACUACAAGAACAACAACUCUUCCAACUGGGGAGGCGGCCGACCAGAUGAAAAGCCAUCUUCCUCUUGGAAUGAGAACUCCAGCAAGGAUCAGGGGUGGGGAGGGGGACGCCAGCCCAAUCAAGGAUGGACUUCUGGGAAGAAUGGUUGGGGAGAGGAAGUCGACCAGGCGAAAAACAGCAGUUGGGAAAGUCCUGCAAGUAAACCCGUGUCUGGGUGGGGCGAAGGAGGGCAGAACGAAAUCGGAACUUGGGGGAACAGUGGGAAUACAAGCCUAGCUUCCAAAGGCGGGUGGGAAGAUUGCAAAAGGUCUCCAGCAUGGACCGAGACAGGCAGACAGCCCAAUUCCUGGAAUAAACAGCACCAACAGCAGCAGCAGCCACAGCAGCCACCGCCACCACAACCAGAGGCUUCUGGUUCAUGGGGAGGCCCACCCCCAGCACCUCCAGGCAACGGACGACCUUCCAAUUCCAACUGGAGCAGCGGGCCACAGCCAGUAACCCCUAAGGAUGAGGAACCCAGUGGUUGGGAAGAGCCAUCCCCACAGUCAAUUAGUCGGAAAAUGGACAUCGAUGAUGGCACUUCCGCAUGGGGAGACCCUAACAGUUAUAACUACAAGAAUGUGAAUCUGUGGGAUAAGAAUUCCCAAGGGGGCCCAGCACCUCGAGAACCAAACCUGCCCACCCCGAUGACCAGUAAAUCAGCAUCAGUCUGGAGCAAAAGCACACCACCUGCUCCAGAUAAUGGUACUUCAGCUUGGGGUGAGCCAAAUGAAAGCAGUCCUGGGUGGGGCGAAAUGGACGACACUGGAGCAUCGACCACGGGCUGGGGGAACGCACCCUCCAACGCUCCAAAUGCCAUGAAACCUAAUUCCAAAUCUAUGCAAGAUGGCUGGGGGGAGAGUGACGGUCCAGUGACGGGAACUCGCCAUCCCAGCUGGGAAGAGGAGGACGAUGGAGGAGUCUGGAACACCGCCGGCUCUCAGGGAAGUGCUUCCUCCCACAACUCAGCAAGCUGGGGACAAGGAGGAAAGAAGCAGAUGAAGUGUUCACUGAAAGGAGGAAACAAUGAUUCAUGGAUGAAUCCUCUUGCCAAACAGUUUUCAAAUAUGGGAUUGCUGAGUCAAACUGAAGAUAAUCCAAGCAGCAAAAUGGAUUUGUCUGUAGGGAGCCUUCCAGAUAAAAAAUUUGACGUGGACAAGAGAGCGAUGAAUCUCGGGGAUUUUAAUGAUAUCAUGAGGAAGGAUCGAUCUGGGUUCCGUCCACCUAAUUCCAAAGACAUGGGAACCACAGAUAGUGGGCCUUAUUUUGAGAAGGGUGGCAAUCAUGGUUUGUUUGGAAAUAGCACAGCACAAUCGAGAGGUAUGCACACGCCAGUGCAGCCGCUAAAUUCUUCUCCUAAUCUCCGGGCGCAAGUGCCUCCCCAGUUUAUUUCCCCCCAGGUUUCUGCCUCAAUGCUCAAGCAGUUUCCCAACAGUGGCCUGAAUCCAGGUCUUUUCAAUGUGGGGCCCCAGUUAUCUCCUCAACAAAUUGCCAUGCUGAGCCAACUUCCACAAAUUCCCCAGUUUCAGUUGGCAUGUCAGCUUCUCCUGCAGCAGCAGCAGCAACAGCAGUUGCUACAGAACCAGAGGAAGCUUUCUCAAGCUGUGCGCCAGCAGCAAGAGCAGCAGCUGGCUCGAAUGGUGAGCGCUCUCCAGCAGCAACAGCAGCAGCAGCAGCAGCAGCAGCAGCAGCAGAGGCAGCCCGGCAUGAAGCACUCGCCCUCUCAUCCCGUUGGGCCCAAGCCGCAUCUGGACAACAUGGUACCCAACGCUCUGAAUGUGGGGCUCCCAGACCUUCAAACCAAAGGGCCAAUACCUGGAUAUGGUUCUGGCUUCAGCUCUGGCGGCAUGGACUAUGGCAUGGUUGGUGGGAAGGAGGCUGGAACAGAGUCUCGCUUUAAACAGUGGACCUCCAUGAUGGAGGGACUGCCCUCUGUAGCCACACAGGAAGCCAAUAUGCACAAAAAUGGCGCUAUAGUGGCCCCUGGUAAGACUCGAGGAGGGUCACCAUACAACCAGUUUGAUAUCAUCCCGAGUGACACACUGGGUGGCCAUACGGGUCCUGCUGGUGAUAGCUGGUUACCUGCCAAAUCUCCACCAACAAAUAAAAUCGGAAGUAAAUCCAGCAAUGCCAGUUGGCCUCCAGAAUUCCAACCAGGAGUGCCAUGGAAAGGUAUCCAAAACAUUGACCCUGAAUCUGACCCCUAUGUCACCCCAGGAAGUGUGCUGGGGGGUACAGCCACAUCUCCCAUUGUAGAUACUGACCACCAACUUCUGCGGGAUAACACCACAGGGUCUAAUUCUUCCCUCAACACCUCGCUGCCUUCACCUGGUGCCUGGCCCUACAGUGCCUCUGACAACUCCUUUACCAACGUUCAUAGCACUUCAGCAAAGUUCCCUGAUUACAAAUCAACAUGGUCCCCAGAUCCCAUAGGACACAACCCCACUCAUCUCUCCAACAAGAUGUGGAAAAACCAUAUUUCCUCAAGGAACACUACACCGCUGCCCCGCCCACCUCCUGGUCUGACCAACCCCAAACCAUCAUCUCCCUGGAGCAGCACAGCACCCCGAUCGGUCAGGGGUUGGGGGACACAGGACUCACGGCUUGCCUCAGCCUCUACUUGGAGUGAUGGUGGUUCAGUUCGUCCCAGUUACUGGCUGGUUCUUCACAAUCUCACUCCACAGAUUGAUGGGUCAACGUUGAGAACCAUCUGCAUGCAGCAUGGCCCACUGCUGACAUUCCAUCUGAACCUAACCCAGGGCACUGCCCUGAUCCGAUACAGCACCAAACAGGAGGCAGCCAAGGCCCAGACUGCACUGCACAUGUGUGUGUUGGGAAACACUACCAUCCUGGCUGAGUUUGCCACCGAUGAUGAAGUCAGCCGCUUUCUGGCACAAGCUCAGCCCCCUACGCCUGCAGCAACCCCAAGUGCACCCGCCGCGGGUUGGCAGUCGCUGGAGACCGGCCAGACCCAGUCAGAUCCCGUCGGACCUGCUUUGAAUCUUUUCGGUGGGUCCACAGGGCUCGGGCAGUGGAGCAGCAGUGCUGGCGGCAGCAGCGGGGCCGAUCUUGCUGGCGCUUCGUUGUGGGGGCCCCCAAACUAUUCUUCUAGCUUGUGGGGAGUCCCAACUGUGGAAGAUCCCCAUAGGAUGGGCAGCCCUGCUCCCUUACUACCUGGUGACCUUCUGGGAGGAGGGUCGGAUUCAAUCUGAACUUAAAACUUUCAACUCUGACCUCGUGACCUUUUUUGGAACAGCAGCAGCACUAACUUGACCUUUUCGUUUUUUUUUUCAACUUGCAAUAAAUACAUUUUUAAAAGGAAAAAAGAAAACGGAGAGAGAAAAAAAAAAGGUGGGUCAUUGACAGACUGUCUGAGCACAUAGUUGCCUCCCUUAUAACUUCAGUUUUUUCGUUUGGAAUAUGAAUCCAAAAAGAGAACAUAUCACUCUUGAAAUACUUGAAUCAUGAACGCCAACCUAGAAAGACAAUGUGAAGCAAGUACACAUACCAUUUAAAUUUAAACACAAAAAAAUUAAAAAAAUUAGUUUCUAGUUUUUCACUUUUUUCAUGUUAUAUGGAAGUUGUUGCUAAGAAACAUAUAUACUGAAAAAAAAUAGCUUUUUAACUUUGUUUGCACUGGGUGUGUUUCCGUCCUUAGGUCUACCACGUUUGGGAGGGAGGGGAAUUCAAAAGAAUUGUUGGGGUGGGGGGGGGAAGACUUGACGGAGCCUCACUUUAAAAACAAAAACACAAAAAACCUAAAAAAAAAAAAAAAAAAAGGAAAAAAUUUGUGAUUGGCUGGUUGAUAAAUACCAGUGUGUUCUGGCACAUGUAACUGCCCAGGCAUGCUCGUUCUGGUAUGUGUGUGCACGUGUGUUCAUGUGCAUUUGCGUGCAUCCUUCUCUCUGUCUCUGUGUGUGCGUGUGCCCGUGUCCUCCUCCCCCUGCCCCACCCGAUCUCUCCGAACGCUGCGUUGCUAACAGUCUGCAGGCUGGCUGGCCGGCCAUCUGCUUUUUAUUUUUUUUUUUAAUUUUUAUUUUUUUUAACUAUGAGAACACACAAGCACCGGGAGCCACUGCUUACUUAAAGCAACUCCGUUGGGCUGCAUUAAGAUGAACAGAGUGCUUUUUAAUGAUUAAAGCAGGGAGCUCCUUUACAUUUGCAAAUUAGCCUGAGCGAGUUUUCUCUUGCUUUUCUUUCGACCUAGCAGUAGAGCGGAGCACUGCCAAGUCCCAAAAAAGUAGGAGAGCAGGAGGUACCUCUUGGAGCAACCGUGUGUUUUAUUUAUUUCUGUUUUUUAAAGUAAGUGGCCACCAGGCACAUCGGGAUAUCUGUUAAGUUUCACGCAGGCCUUUUCUUUUCAUUAGUUUGAACGGGAACAGACGAUGAGAGAGUUUUUACUUCUGUGGUGUCUCAAAAGCAGAAAAACCACGUUCCCCUUUCUUGUUGUAAUCAGGUAUGAGGAAUUCAUCAGAAAGUCAGGUAAUGCUGAAUUGGUUCUCUUUUUCAUUGUGUGAAAACGAAACAACUCGUGAGCAGCUGCAGCUUCUCCCUCUCUGCUCCUCUCUCGCCGAGCGUUACCUGUGCCAGGCCGCGGCGCGCUACAGCACCAGGCCAUCACUGACAGAAACGUUUACUUAACGAAUGUUCUUAAACCAGUGUGUACUUCAAGCGUUUCCUUUUGUUUCUCUGUGUUGUGUAUUUCCUGUGUAUGUGGUUUUGCUUAGGCAGGUAUAACUUAGCAAAGACUUUUAAGUAUUGCACCUUUUUUUGGUUUUGACCUCUUUAUUUUUUUUUUUCCUUGUAAUGUUGCUUUUUUAUUUUGGUAUUUAAAGACUUUUUUUUUUUUUUUUUUUUUUUUUAAGCAUCAAUGUAGUAGUACUCUGGGCCGAAUAGGGGGCAACUUUUAAUCCACAGUUAUCACCAACAUGUAUGUACUUAUGUUGGAAUCAACAUGUAUCAAACUGCUUUUUGUGAAGAGUUCUAGCAGACCUGAAGGGGUACCCCUUUAUACAAAGCAGAUGGCUGGCGGGGCGGGGGGUGGUGGGGAGGGAGGGGAACGUAUGCCGGUAAUGUGCUAGCACUUGUGUGGACAUCCCAGUCUGCAUUAUACUGUUUAACAUAAAGUGCCGACAUUCUGUACCAGCAAAUACCUGCCCAUUCCAACCCUUGGUGGGAGCAGACCUCUACUGUCCUCCAUAACUUGCUGCUAGUGAGGACAAGGGAGUUUUUCUUUCUUUAGCAUCUUCAGUGAAGGAUACAACAAUGCCUAAUGUAUUUGACUUUUAGCUUGUGUCUGUGUGUAGGUGGGUGGGUGGGUGUGUAUAGGAAAAGGCAAAAACGAAUUAUUUGCAUCAAGUGGUUUUAUGAGACAAAGAGUGGGAAUUCUGUAGUCCUCUGGCUUACCCUGUUGAUUAUAAACCUAGCCUCAAAAGAGAUUGACAUGUGUAAUUCAAGUAAGCAUUCGCUCUUGGAAGUCUUUAUGCACCCUUUGUGGGGAGGUGGUCAAACUUGAGUCUCCAGCGUUGGUUCAGUCCCAUUGGAUGCCUUGUAGAAAACUAACUGUGCCCUCUUCCUGCUCUCCGGUUUUCAUCACCACCACCAUGCCCCUUCCAUCUCUGCCCAUGUACAAAAAUGUCUCCUUCUGGUCCCCUCUGCCUGCUCUCUGUGUGAGGAGCAAAACCCUAUGGUGUGUGGUGACGUCCAGGUGGAGAGCAGCUGUGUUCAGCCAUCUACAGAAGGCAAAAUCUUAGUGGCCCUGGGCCAGGAGCGUGUCCCGAGGCUCCCACGAGCCCGUGACAGCCCUGUCCACUGCCGUGAUUCCCUGUCGUGUCCUGCCCCCCCCCUCCUCCUGCCUGCUGGUUCCUUGGCCUGCACUAUGGGUUAGUUGAGUUCCUUACGAUACUACGGUGAAAGCCGGGUGCUAGAGCCCCUCUUGUUUACAAGACAUAAUGAGGGAUUUGAAAUAUGUAAAAAUAAACAUGAGAAGCUCAAAUGUUCUUCCAUCUUAAGCUUAAAGGGAAAAAAUUAAAAACUUAAAAAAAAAAAAAAAGACCAAAAAGUGCGUAUAUAUAUACAUAUAAAUAUAUAUUUUAGAUGAAGACUAACUCUGGGAGCAUUUAACAGUGUUUUUUGUUUUUGUUUUUAACAUUUAUUUUCCUGCUUUAAAAUUUGCAAGCAUUCUCAGGAAUUCUAGGGUAGGAAGCCAGUUUUUUGAAGAUGGUUUAUUUAACCGUAUCUUAUCCUAGAUAGACGGCUGUUUCUUUCCUGUUCAUAAACUUUUACAAGUUCCUGAAACUUCAAAAAGUUGAAACAAUUUUUACUUAAAAAAAAAAAAAUGUAAAGUCUCCAAACAUUAUUGUCAUACUGGGGAUCACACAUUUUAAAACACAUAGAAAGAAAUAUUUUUUAAAAAUGAUCAAUUUAGCAGCAACAGGUCAAUUCGUUAUCUUUAAAAACACGGGAGAAGGAUUAGCUUUCUAAGAGCUUUAUCAUGGAUUCGUUUGAAAUUGUGUGUCAUUUAGUGGGAGCGUUUGGUUUUUAUAAAUGGGAACGUCAUCACUCUGUUCCUUUCCAUUUAAGAUUGAACUGACAUCUCCCCUAAUGAUUGUUUUUGUUUUGUUUUUUUUUUAAGGGAACCCUUCUCCCUGCCCCUCAAACCCCAGGACAAAAGAAAGAAAGAAAGAAACAACAACUUAGGGGGAAAAAAAAAAGUAAACUCUAAUCUGUAAAAUAGUACGGUUGGAUUGCUGAGAAUCUAUGUAAAGAGCUAGGAAAUAUAGGUUAAUAAUUUUUGGAACAAAUUUUAAAUAUAGGCAUUACUAGAGGAAAAUAUCUAUGGACUGUUCUAUUAACAAAGAAUGUCUGUCUUACCUCCGUUUGUUAUGGGAGGAGGAGAAAAGAAGAAUCUAAUAAGGAACAAGUGAUUUUACUUUUUUAGCUCCCAGCUACUGUUGUGCUCAUUUUAAUUGCUGUUUUGAAGAUCUGCUGCUUAAUUAUCCCCAUCCCUCAGCUGGAGAUGUGGAGUAUUUCCUUUCGAUUUUUCAUGACAUUGAAUUCUCCUUUUGUAUUCCCUCCUGGGGCCGGGGGUCAGAAUUCCCAAGCAUGACCACAGCUGCUUUUAAACAUCUAAGCUUCCCAGUGGGAAAGAAACUCCAGCUUGACAGGUAAAGGGAGUGGGUGGGGUUGCUGCCUGCAAUUUCUCUAAAGCCGCUUUAGUGCCUUCGUACAUACACCCAGACAUCCUAAGCAGGGGGAACGCGUGUGUAUGUGCAUGUGGUCCAGUCACUCCGCAGACAUUAAGACACUUGCCCAUUAAGGAAAUCGGAGUGGUUCUGGACAGGCCCCACAGGCAGUGGGCUAAAUUGAAAAUAAACAGACAUCAAGGAAGUUAAAUAUGCUUUCAUGUCUCAGUAAUGUGGAAUGCCAAGAUCCUUCCUUGUGUUAUCGCCCUCGUUACUGGGUACUGAUGUCUCCACGUGUGUCAUUGUGACAACCACAUACAGUGAUUUGGAAAGUCUGUCUGUGUUGGGCCAGUAGAAAGGGGUUCCUGUUUUUCUGCUCCUGUCCUCCCUUGUCUCCUCUCUUUCCCCCAACUCUGCCCCCCCACCUUUUUUUUUUUUUUUGGUCAACUUGAUGGAAGCUUUGCUUUAUUGGUUGGCAGUGACCUAAGAAAAGGAUAUAGUGAGAAUACAAUGGAAGAGAAAAACUCUUUUCUUUCCGUGAUAUUCUUUGGCAAGAGCCAUGUCUGCUGAGAGGUUAAGUGGCUUCCAUACACUUAGAAAAUUCGGUGGGAGCGGCUUCUCUUCCACCACAUUCUGGCAUAUGUACAGAGGUUUGCUGGUCACCUCUCAUUAUGUAGAUUUAUUUUGUAAACAUUUCGAUCAUGUAAAUUUGAGCUUUCCAAUUUUUACUAGUUUCCUUUAUUUUUUAAACACUUGAUUACUAGUGGCUGGAGGUGUCCAUCUUUCAAACAUCACAAACUUGGUUUCUGUCUACCACAUGAGUCGCCAAAAAAAUUUAAAAAAUAAAAAAAUAAGCACUCGUGGGGAAGAGAUGUCUUCCAUCAGACUGGAGACCUCUACUGGCAAUUUAAAUCCAGUGCCAUGACCUAAUUUUAGGUGUUUAAAAAAAAAAAAAAAAAUACAAAAAAAAAAAACCCACAAAGUUCAGAUCUCCGAGACACUGUGAAGAAAUGGAUGGCCCAUGUGGCAUCUCUGGUUCCUCCGUACCUAGCCCUUGAUUUUUUGCAUUUACAACAUGCACAGAAGUUAACUUAGCAGUGAUGGCAUGUCAAGGUUCCAAAGCAAAUUCUUUCAUCAGUAUCCCCCAGUAAAUAAUUAUCCAUUGAUUGCCAUUCGAUCAGUUUAAUUUAUAGCAGCUUAAUUUUCUAAUCAGAUGGCUCCUGUUCUAAGAACUUUGCCACCUCUUCUGAUAUGAAUGUAGCAUAAAUGAGCAGUCGGUUCUUCCAAGUUCCUGUGGGUUGAACGUGGGAUCUAAGAUAUGCAAAAAAAAUAAGAAGAAGAAAAAAGAGAGGAAAAGAAAUCCCUAAGAAUUUGGAAGAACUUUUAUUAAUAUAUCUAGCAGAAACUAACAUUUCACGGGCUACUGGCUUGUUGCAAAGAUUCACUCGAAUUUUUGCUACUUGUCGGGGGGGCAGUUUUUGUAGGGUUAACAGCCAGAUUCCAUAUCGACCUCAGAUGCUGUGUACUUUUUAAUUUUACUUUUUUAUAUUUUGCCAUCUUGACUCUUAAACAAAAUGAAGAUGUCUCUGUGUUGAGAAAAACGCUUAAGCCAAGCCUGUUUUCCUCUGCAGUGUAAAUAAGAUGUUUUCAGCAGACUUGGCUCUAACAGCCGUCUCUAAGAUUAGGGAACAAUUGAGUCUUUAUGUAAGAAAGGUCCCCUUCUCCCCCAUCCUCAGAGUUCAGAUUCAAUAUAUAACACUUUGUAGGUUAUUGUUUGGGAUUUGGGUUUUUUUCUUUUAACUAUCUAUAGGGUCUUUUACUAAGCGUAGAGACAUAUGUUUAGCUGGUUAAAAAACAAAAUCAAACUUUUUCUUCAGUGUUUUUGCCAAGUUUUGUCACACUUCAUUCAUGUCUGUGCAUUAACUAUGCUGCUUAGUGUUGCUGCAAAAAGAAAUGUAUUCUUGAAUUGUUUUCCUUUCUGUGAGUGUACAGCUAAGGCUGCAUGUAAUGGUGCAGAUGAAAAUAUUCCAGCCUCUGUGUCUACAGGGAGUUGUCAAUCUGUAGACCUCAGCACCCUUUCAGAAAAUAGGGCGCCCUCACCCUCUGCUGCACACCGCACCCUCUUAGCUUUCUUAUCUACAACUACAGGGUGUCCACACAGUCUAGAAGCAGGCAAAUAUACAUAAUGUUGUCAAGAACGUCAACAAUCUGUUUUAAAAAAAAAACCCCAUAGAAUGUUCUCUGUGUUUCCAGAGUUAGUGCAUACCCUGUCAUAAGCUCUGUAGGUUUAUGGCCAGUGCCAAAGGUGUGUGUAUUUUCAGAGAUGGUCCCCACUUGUUAAUGACGGUGUUGUUUUCUUGACCUUGAAUCUGAUAAAGGAGGUACUGGCAUCACAUUCUUAGAUUUAAAAUAGUUCUCAACUUCAGGAGUCUAUGAACACAGUAGUAAUGGAAUAAAAAUAGAACGUUGACCCUCCCUAACCUGCCCAGAAUGCCUCCCCGCUGCCUGCACCGCCAAAGAGGCCAUGAACAUUUACAGGAUGGUGAAGGGAACACCGGUCAGGAAACAGAGCUACUCCCCACCGGCUGGGCAUUCCUGCUGUCCUUAUGUGUGUGGUCACUCAGACUAGAGCUGAAGGAAUUACCAAGUAUUCUAACAUUUGAGUGGUUUUUAAAAUGUCAAUCUCUUGUAUCCUACCACCACCACCACUAAAAAAAAAAAAAAAAAAGACCGAAGCUGCCAGUGUUUGCCUCACAGAAUUUAAAUAGUUCUUUUCACUUGGCUAUACAGCUGAAUUUGUUUUUAAAGAGAAACUAUGCACACCAGGAAACACGGUCCCACCCUGACUGAAGGGUCUCUGCAAGAUUCAGUCAUGGGGUCUUCGUUGUGACAAACACUAGUUUUGUCCCUGGGGAAAGGAAAGGUCAGAUAACGGCAAGAAGUGUUGUGUUGUAAAUUAAAAAAAAAAAAAGAAAUCGUGUUUCCGUAAAGCACUUUGUGCCUCGGUUUAUUUUUCACACUGUCAGUCACCACUUUGGAAGUCCAUUCCCAAUCGCCAUUGACCCCUCUCGAGCCAAGAUUAAUACGUUGAGACUGUUGUUUUCAAAGAGCUUAAUUCCUCUUUACUGCUAGUGGGGAGCAGCAAAACUGUAAAGGUACUUUACAGUAUAGUCGUUGCAGAGAUGUGAAACGAAGUGCUUUUCUUCCCCUUCACCCCUGCUUUCCUGGACCCCACCCUCAAUCUGGCAUUCCUUCUCCCUCGGCUCCUGAAAGGUGUGCACGGUUCUCAGAGGGCUGGGUUGUGCAAGGUCACUGGAGGUGAGCUAGCCGUCCCGCAGAGCUUUAUGGACAGGAAGGUCGUGUAUCCUAAAUGUGUUCGCCAAAAAUGGAAAGGGGGGGGGGUCGUCUGUAUACUAAACAAAGCAAAAACCUUUGGAACCCUUUAAAGAAGUUACAUGCCUUUUAAAGGUAGUAUAGUUUCUCACCAAGUGAUGCAUCCAGCGUGACCCUUCUUGCCGGAAAUUUCGGGAUGUUAGAAUAAAUGUGUUUAAAACACCACCCCCACCAUCCCCCUCCCCCUUUUAAUUUUGUCCAAGGAAUUACUUAAGUGUAGUAUUUCUGAAUGUGCCUUUGGGAGUACAGGGACCGUCUGUUUUAGGAAGAAGCUCUCCGUGGGGAUAAAACAGAAAGGCGGUCAGCUUAGUCUUUAGGGAAGUCAGCGAUUCUCCUGGCAGUCCCCGGGGGCAGCCAUGGAGUUUUCAUUAGCACCCAUAUUGCACAGUGUAGAGUUGUGUGGAAAAGAUCCUGGGGCUCGGGCGGGAGAAUGAGGUGAUGGUGCACAACGACAGAGACCCAGGUCGGUCGGAGAGCGCAGGUUGAAUUUCUCUACCUGCAGUACCUAGUUUCCCUCGUGUCUGUGUGCGCGCGCGUGUGGCCGUGGCCGUUUUGUUUUUUGUUUUUCUGUAAGCACUGGAGAACUGAAAUAUGGUGACGUCUGUGACACAUUCGUGCAUGUCAAGAAGGCGUUUUCUGGCUUCCGCCAUGUGCGGGGCGGGCAGCGCGUUUCCACCCUCUUGAGUCUGUGUCCUGAGAAGGCAAUUAUUUUCCCAAAUGGAAGUCCCAUAAUGUUGCUGUUUAUGAGAACAGGGUAUUACACACGAGGAAAAGGCUUUUGAGAGAAUAAGAUGGAAGUGUUUGAGAAAAAAAAAAGAAAAAUCUGAAAUCAUAUUUUAUUUCUUCAGAACUAUUCUAGUUAAACGUAGAAAUCUGCAGUGUCUCUUCAUUUGUUUUUAUGUUUGUUUUAAACGAUUCCACCUCUUCUCCCCAUGCCCGAUCUUCUAAAGAAACCACAAGUGAAUGCUAAGGGCCAUUUUCCAUAAUUCCUCAGAACUCCCCAAAGAGGAAAACAGUCCCUCCCGCAAGAUUCCUUCAGCUUCAUUCAGGAGACAAAGGGAGGAGAGAUGUGGCUUUCUGGGCUUCUCUCUCAUUCCUCUCUAAUGGCCUUGAAAUGUAUUAUUAUGCAAAUGUGAAUUUUGAUACUGAAUUUAAGAAGAGGUUGUUGGAUUUUUUUUCUUUUUUCAAAAAAAAAAAGGUCCCAUAUGUGGUCAUCGUUGCUUCUUUAUUUUGUAACGUGAAUUGUAACUAUGCAUUCUGCAAGGGGGGGAGGGUGAGGGCAGAAAGGGGAAGGAAGUGGCUUUGCAUCCUUGUUCUACGGUUUCUGUGUCCAUGGUAUCCCCACGUCCUGGCGGGGAAGGGGAGUGAGAGCCAGCAGCGGUCAAGUCGGCACAGUGAGGUAGAAAGAGACACGGAGUCCUCCUGCAGUCCUGGGGGCCUACGGUUCCUGGCAGCCGGAUUCUCACCCUAACCGUGCAGUGUUAGCCCAGGGCCACAGCGGGGGCCCCAAAGGCCCUCGUGUUCUCUGGGAAAAAGUACUCAUCCUUUCCUGAAUUCAGAACCCUUUCAAGCUCAGGAAACCAUGCCUCGUUCGUGCUGACCUUAAAGUUCAUCUUCCUGUCGAUUUCCAAAACUCCUCCUCCGUCUCCUCCUCGCUCCUUUUAAUUUGUCUUUGUUUUUCCUUAAGCAUUUUUAAGUGACUUAUUUAUAAGGAAACUGUCUUGCUCUGUGGGGAAGAGGGCCCGUUGGCUUGGCAGGCAAAAAAAGGACUCUUCCCCACCCACUGCCCCUCAGCCGAACGUCCUCUCUCUGCUUCCUUGCCAUUUGUUCUGCUAGAGAGCUGGUGAGCGGUGAGGUGCUGCACACAGGAAAGCCUAGAGCCUCCCGGCCCGACAGAAUUCCUGUGGUGAGUCCUGGCACCUGCACUGCUCUGGUCUAGGCAUUCUUUGCAACACGCAGUAUCAUAAGCCAGAGAUUGUUCUGCCCACGUUCAGUGUUUCCAGGCAGAAGUUUUUGUUGUUGACGUUCACAGUACUGUAACGAGGAACAGACUUGAUCACAGUCUCCUCGUGCCCGUGCAGGGUUGCACGGGCACGAUCUUAUCAGGGUUCCAAUCUGUUAGAUUGCCUUUAGACAAAAAAACAAAAACAAAAAAAAAAAAACAAAAAAAAAAACAAAACAAAAAAUAAAAUCCUGACGUUUCAACUGUCUAACACAAAACAAUACCUCGAGGUACAUUUCCCCUGCAAUGUAGACCCUUAACUCCCCUCUCCGUUUCUGACACCAGUGGGUUAUCCUUUUUAAAAUAUGAAUGUGUAAAUAGGAUAACUUUUACAAUGUUUUCCUUUGCUGUGAAAGUAGCCCUAAAAUAUGAUAUUUUCCUUUUUUUUGUUAAGCCAUCUGAAGUUUCAGAUCUUCUUUCAGGCUUAAGAGAAAGAACAGGUCAGGGGAGCGGACUUGCAUUUGUAGGGUGGUGGUCUCUCCAUUGCCUCUCAUACACAGUGACAGCCGACCAGUGUCUGAACCCUGUUUCAAAUAGAUGCCAUCUCUUCCAGAUCUACUUCCAGGGUGGGGAGUGUCUGAAUUUCUCUCUUCCAGAAGAUCCAUCCCCUCCAGGCACUCCAGAAUGUUUUUUACCUGAGACCUUGAGCUCUCGACCUCUCUUGCUUCACACACAGGCUGACUUUUUUGAGCAACAGAGUAGCAUUCUGUAGCUCACAAAGGGAAUUAGUCCCUGGCAUUUCAGUUUGGCGCUACAGAAUUCAUAGCCUUGUCACUUUGCGAUGCUCUGGAAAUGGAUUGAUGUCUUACUUAAAGGAAAUCCACCUGAGACGUGCAAACAGCCUCCCUGAAAGGUGUGAGCACCCUCAGAUGUUCUUCUCGUUCGUCUCCGUGAGGCCUGAAGCUGACAUUAGGUAGAGGGAAAGGACGUUUAACAAAUGCUGCUUGUAGGAACCUGUCAGCUACUGCUCUCCUAGAUUUGGCCACCCACGAGGCAGGGUCAGAAUGGAUCAUUUUGAAUAACUUCUUCACAAACAUCUCCUUUCCCCCCCAUCUUAAGGAUAAACCCUGUAUCUGUCUAGAAGCCCUUUUUAGUUUGAGCCCACCGAUCUUGUAUAGUGACGACUUCCUCUGAGGGGAAGAAGCUUGAUAAUAAAUGCACGCAUAUUCCCCACCCACCUUCUGAUUUGGGCCGCUAUCCACCUUUGGAUUUUAUUUCUGUUGUUUGGAGGCUGGCCCCUUUUCUAUCAGUCUCCUUCCUCUGGUCCCCCUUAAGUCCUUACUGCCCUUAUAUCCAUCCACAAUGCUCCCAAAGGGCUUUGCUGAUCUCUGCACUUCUUUCCCGGGACAUUUCCCCACCACCACCCUUUGCACACACCAGUGACCAAAGUGUGUCCAGUGAUCUCACAGAAGACAUCAAAAAUGGUGCAUGCACCGUGAAUGUGCUCACAGAGACACGUGCACAAGAUUCUGCACCCUUGGCCUUAACCUCUGUAUGACUUAAGGUGCAGGAACAUUUUUAACAGGUUAUAAAAAAAAAAAAGAAAAAAAAAAAACCCUUCUGGACCGGGGCGGGGGAGGGGGGGGCGAGGGAAGCAGACACAACAGCUCAAUUGUGCCCACUCCUAACUCUCUCUACUGUUUGCCUACAACUUAAUUCUGUGCCCACCCCACCCCACCCCUGUCGUGAGUAACCAAAAACAGACAACAAAAGCAACCUGAGGAGAGGUUUCUGGACUAUUUUAUCUUUCUCCAUUUAGAUGGAGAUAUAAAUGCUGCUUUGGGUUCCAUAAUCCUAGGGGCUAUGUUUACAUAGUAAAAUAUAUCCUACCAAAUCAGGAAAUAAGAAUGGGAAUCUCUGCCGUGAGAGUUAAUUAGGUCGCUGACGGUGAACCAGAGAAGUGCGGGGAUUCGGAGGUGGGAGGCCUGGGAAGGAAGAUGGGAGGAGUGCCAUUUUAAUGACUGGCAUCCCCCGCCCUCCUCUUUCCUCCUCCCUUCACUUCUCUCCUUGCCCCCUUUCAACAGAAGGUGCAGAGAAGGGCAUCAGAAAGAGGCUGGAGUUUUAAAAGGCAGCUUUCCAACUUUGCACACAAAACAGGUAACAGGAAGGUACAGCAAAAAUCCUCUCAUCUGAAACACUCAGCAGAAACAAAACCUACCAACAUGACUACAUAUAGCUGCACAUAGUGAUGCUCUCUGCAAGUUACCUAGAAGUGUUUUGUUUUUCUUAUACUUGAAAUAGCUUUUACAAUGUUAUUUUGGUGGCUUUCUUUUCUCUCUUCUGGUGGGCAACAGAGAAAAGUGGACAAUGGGAUUUAAGGAAGUUUGAGGGGAGAAAAGGGAGGAUAUGGCAUUGUCUUUUUUGUUUUUUCUUAAACAUAGAGGUUUAAUCAAACUCCCAUUUGUUGAAAUUGCUCCUCAUAUUACUGGUUUUACAUGGACACAGAAACUAGGCACUUUAGAGGUGCACUUGCAUGGCAGGCUGGGCCCCCCUUUUCUCUAUUUUAUUUUACUUUUUUAGUAUAGUGGUACUUAAAAUCACUGGUUCACUUAAAAAAAAACAAUAAAAUGUUAAACUCUACUAAUGUACAAAUAAGCUGAAAAGUUGCAUUUUAUGUGUAUUUUUUGCCAUAGCAGGUACUGUAUUUCUCAUGCUGGAUUUAAAAAAAAAAUCAAAAACAAACAAAAAAAACUCAAGGGUGGUGUUUCGUUGGAUUGUGACAGGUUGAGUACUAAGGAAUUAAGUCGCCGUCAUUUCAUUAAAACUGAGAGAUGAUGUAAUGCAUAUAUAAGAGUUUUUCUGAAGGGUUUUUUUGGGCUUUUAAACAGCUUAUUUUUGUUUUGUUUAGUUUUUUAUUUUAUUUUAUUUUGGAAAGAUAUGAUUGUAUUAUGUGCAACUCAGUUGCUUACAUUAUAACUACAAAAUAUUUUUGGGUUCCUGGAAAAAAAAAAAGAGAAAAAAGACUAAUAAAUGUGUUUGGCUGCUAAGCA